CCUUUCAAAAUCACCGCAAGAUGAUCGAGAUCACCUGGUGAUGAAGAUCAACGGCCCAGGCUACUAGAGAGAGAGAAACGACUUGGAAAGGUAGUGUUCUGCCCCACAGAGGAAACCAUAAGUCGGUCUGCUACAGCAAAAGCUCCUCUUUCUUCUUCCCUUCUCCAAGACCUUUUCUCUCUUCUCUGCCUUUCAUCAACUCAAGAGAGAACCCAUCAAAAUUUAUCCAUACCCAUUUCAAUUUAUGCUGGAAGUCUACCCAAUUUUUGAUUUUUCUUACCAUUGAUAAUAUUAAUUUUGUUAUGCUAUAUUCUUAUCUAACAAAUUUUUCUGACAUAUAACAAAUCAGAGGAAGCAUCUUUUCAAUCCCUGUCAAGGAUGUGCUCAAGAAACCCCUUAUAUACAAACCCAAAACCCUGCAAGCACCUUGCUGAUUACAAGCGUAAUCAUGGCCUCAACGGCUACAAUCUGAUCCAAGACUACUUCAAAACCAGCCCCCAUGGUCGAACAAUGAUUGACAGGCCCAAAUCAGAGGUGCCCAUAUGCAAUUUUUGUUCUGGGUACCAAGGUAGACUCUAUAUUUGUUUGAUCUGUUCGUCAGUCUCUUGUUGUUGGCCGCCUGAUUCAAAUCAUGCCCUUUUGCAUGCCCAAUCUCAGGAUGGCCAUGAGAUUGCGGUGGACAUGGAAAGGGCCGAGCUUUAUUGUUGCGUGUGUUGCGAUCAGCUCUAUGAUCCUGAUUUUGAUAAGGCUGUGAUGUGUAAACACAUCAUGGGAUUGCCAAGAACUGGAAAUGGGUUUGUGGGUUAUGGGUUAAGAUCGAGCAAGAGAAAAAGAUUGGCUUUUGGGGUGGAUUUGGAUUCGAAGAACCCUAAACGGUUGGUUGCUUUGGUGGAUCGCAGGUCCAAGUCCUGCUUUCCAAUGGGUUUGAGGGGUUUGAACAAUUUGGGCAACACUUGUUUUAUGAAUUCUGUGUUGCAAGCUUUGCUUCAUGCUCCCCCACUGAGGAAUUACUUCCUUAGUGAUCGCCACAAUCAUGAAACUUGCCGGAAAAGGUCAUCUGAUCGUCUAUGUUUGCCUUGUGACAUUGAUGUUAUCUUCUCUGCCGUGUUUUCGGGCGACCGGACUCCUUACAGUCCAGCUCAGUUUCUUUACAGUUGGUGGCAGCAUUCCGAGGAUCUUGCUUGUUAUGAGCAGCAGGAUGCACAUGAAUUUUUCAUUUCAAUCCUGGACAGGAUUCAUGAGAAAGAGGGAAAAGCAAGCAACUCUAUCAAAGAUAAUGGAGAUUGUCAGUGUAUUGCUCAUAGAGUGUUUUCUGGGCUGUUGAGAUCUGAUGUCACUUGUAUGACCUGUGGAUUUACUUCGACAACCUAUGAUCCUUGUGUGGAUAUAUCUCUUGACUUGGGUACAAGUACCUCCUCUUUGACUGAACCAGCUAACAAGUUAACUAAACCAGCUGAGAACGGUGGUAACUCUACUCUUACCAGCUGCUUGGAUCUCUUUACACGACCAGAAAAGUUGGGGUCAGACCAGAAAUUAUUUUGCCAAAAUUGUCAAGAAAGGCGGGAUUCCUUGAAGCAAAUGUCUAUAAGAAGGCUCCCAUUGGUUUUGUGUUUGCAUAUAAAGCGAUUUGAACACUCUCCAGUCAGAAAAAUGUCAAGAAAGAUUGACCGACAUUUGCAGUUUCCUUUCUCCUUGGACAUGUCCCCUUAUUUGUCAUCUUCAAUUCUCAGGAAAAGGUUUGGGAAUCGAAUCUUUUCCUUUGAGGGUGAUGAGUCCGAUGUUUCCUCUGAUUUUGAAGUUUUUGCAGUGGUUACGCACUCUGGGAUGCUGGAAUCUGGUCAUUACGUGACAUAUCUUCGUUUGAACAAUCAAUGGUACAAAUGCGAUGAUGCUUGGAUUACUGAAGUCGACAAGGAGGUGGUGAGAGCCUCUCAGAGCUAUCUGAUAUACUACGUGCAGAAAGUCCUCUGCCACAGAGCAAGCGAGGAUCUAAGUUGCCUACCAGUCUCCCCGAGGGGGGACACGUUCCUUCCAAUUGCUGGAUGUUGCUAAAUUGGACAAGAACAUGUUAUACACGAAACAAUUGGCAAAAUGUGGGAUCAGUGACAAGAUUCUCAGUUGUGGAGGGGCAGGAUUUCUUGUGAACAGUGUGCUUCUGAAUAAGGUCACCUGGCAGGAAGUUAAUCAUACAUUAGCCUUCAUCCAACAUCUCCAUUGAUUCAAGAAAGACCUCUAGUUAUGGUGUGGGAGGAUUGAAUUCAACUUUGAAUGCCCGGUUGUUAUCCAAUAAAAUUCCAUAAGAUCGAUUGGUGAACUUGUUACAGAAUUGGAACAUCGGUUGCAGGCUGUUGGCUCUGCUUGUUCUUCUUCUUUUCUUUGGUGUCUGAUCUUGAAGAUUUGUGACUGCUGACUCAUAAUGUACAGCAUAGAACCUUUUUUUUUUUUUCCCCCAAAUGACUGGAGUGGUUUAUUUGAGGAUCUGGUCAAUAUUAUGGUUUCAAUAGCUGGCAUGGUUUUAACCCAUGAUUUUCUUAUUGUCAAAAAAUUUGUGUAAUCCUGCUUCAUAUAUGGUUUGGAGGUCUGGGAAGAGAACUUGUUUUUGUC